UUCAAAUGGCCUCACAAGGGCAAAGUGAGGAUACAGAGCAUCCAUCUGAGCCUCCUGCAACUCCUGUUCAGUGUAACAGAACAUUUCAAUGGGGAGCCAUACUCGCUGCAGUGAAAGAUCAGCUCCCAUCUCUGGACUCUGACACAUCUGAUUGUGAAAGUGAUGGGGAGCUUUUCAUCUUCCAGCGGGAACAGCCAAACUUAAUUCCUGACCUGUCAGAAGAACUGAUGGAGUUUUCCCUGGAAGACUCAAACAUGCAGCAAACCCAGGAAACAGAAAGACACCCAUGGGAGAUCGGGAAUGAAGAGCUAGAAAGUUUUGGCAUUCAGAAAAAAACAGAUGGUGCCCAAGUCAUUGCAAAAGAAGAUGUACAGAUGAUUAAAGGUGAGACUCCCAAUCUUGCCGGCCAUACUGAAGACGUUCCAAGCCAAAAGGGAGCUGUUUGUGAAGAGUCUCUUGCAGAUCCCACAGAUCACCUUGAAGAGAAAGAACUGGGCAGGAAGCAGGCCAGGGAAAGAGGGAACUCUUGGCUUAAUACAGCAUUGUCUGUGGAAAAGCUGGACAGUCAAAAAGAGAGAAGAAAGCAGAUAGAAACAAAGAUACUCUCCAAAAUAAUUCUGGAGCCGUCACCAGGCCACCUAGAGCUAGAUGUCAAGCCUCCCUCAGAUGGCAUUAGCAACAGUCUAGAAAGAAUUGCUAAGGAAGAAACCUCCUCAGAUGAUCACCUUCAGGAACUAACCCAUUUGUCGUUGCAGAACAUUGAGAAAUGGGAUCUAGACAAGAUUCUUGAGGAGCUGGAGCAGCAGAAAGAUAACACUCAUGCAGAAGUUGCUUUCUCCUCAGCAGAUCAUGAGACUUUCAGGGGUAGGUCUGAAAACCAGCUCAUGGAAAAGCUAGAAGAGCUGUGUGCCAGGCAGUCCAGGACAGUGUCUCCAUGCUGGAGGUGGCCAUCAGCCAAGCUCUCCUCCUCUCAAGAACAGCAAGUGAAUAAGGAUGUUGCCUUCCUAUCAUCUUCACGAAGUUCCCUAAGGAUGGACAUGAUGAGAUUACAGUGCCUGCCAGAGCCUGUAACAGUGUACAUAGAUUUAAGAGACGCUAAACUGCAGAAGUCAGUAACAUCUCCUGAUGAGAAACAAAGUGCAAGCGACAGCUCCAGUGAAGAAGAGACAAUGACAAUUGAGGACCAAGCAGAAAGGAGAAUGCAGUGCGGAGAAGCCUACCAGUACUGGUGUGGCCCGCUCCUGCUCGUCUGGCCCUUCACACUAUGUAGCUGCUGGUCUCUGAUUCAAACCACUAUCUAUAACCUGAAACGUGACCCCAUAGUCAGUUUGGAAAUCAACAAGCAGCGCAAGAUCAUAAAACGUGAAACAGGAGGGCAACUCAAUUUAUUGGGCUCUGAGCAACCAUGCGAUCUUGAUCGGCCAUUGCUUGAUAACCUCUGCCAAACCACUUGCUUCGUAUUGCCUGGGAUAAUCCUUCGGGGUUCAGAGCACCCACCUUAUGUCGAACUGCUUGAUCAGCUUAUUGGCAAAGAUUUCACAGUGACUGGAGUACGCCUCACUGUCCUGGAUGGACCACAAGCUCACUGCAUCUCUGAGACACUAAGCAGGGCAAAGUGCAGUGUUGCAGCAAAGUGUUCCCUCUUAAUGGAUGGUUUGUGUCUGGUGCUAGCAGCACAGCGAGACAAUGCGGUCAUUUGCUUCGACUCCCUGCUGGACAGUGUCUGUUGGCAGAAGCAGUCAGUCCUGGACACUGCGCAGCAUCUCCUUUAUCCCCAAAAUGAGAAACAGUCUCUGACCCCGUGCCUGUCCUUCCACAAGAUCCAGCCUCCCUCGGGAAGCCUGGAAGCCAGCCAAGACGAUGUUCAGUUCCUGAUCCUGCAAGCAGACAGAGAAGCCUGGUCUGCUUCAACCGGCUAG